UUAAACUUAAACUCCUCUCCUACUAAAAAAGCUGUAAGUAGCCACAACAGAAGUGAGGUGCAUUUGCUGCAAUAUAAUGAUGAAAGUCGGACAAUAUUAGAGAAAAUUUGCAUUGCCGGUGAACAGAUGAGGCUGCAACCGGAAAGAUCACAGAAUUGGGAGCUGAUUCUUGAUUGUGAAAUUAAGCGCCUUCAAAAUGUUGCUUGGCUUACAGGUAAAGUAACUGCUGAAAGGUCGACCCAAACCCCUCAAGAAAUAUCUGUUUGCCUUAGAAGUUUAAAUCUGGAAAUCAAAGUAGACAAUAAAGAGAAGACCUUAGAACUAGAAACUCUUGUGACUAGGUUACAGAAUGCUAUGGCAGGUUUCAAUGUAGAUCUUCACAGGCAACUGGACAAAGAAAGUGAUUUCAAAGGCCCACACCAUUGGAACCACUGUACCAAAACUGGAAACAACUCAGUGAUUUAUGACAACCUAAAGGAAGAAGGAACAAAUGAAUAUAUUUUUCAUCAGGAAAAACCUGACAGUAUUUCAAGUCAUGAGUCAACUUUAGAAAGGGCCAACAAUGUUUGUCAUAUGGCGAAACAAAAGGGGUACUCUAAUAGGAUGGUAGAGGAUGAGUUUAGUGCUCCUGCAGAUGGAUAUGCCUCCUGGCUUCCCUUAUCAGAAUAUCGCAAUCGUAUAUUAAAUGGAUUGAAGUUAAAGGAUGAGAAAUCAGAUGUUCAGUCAGCAGCUGGCAAACUCACAGCAACUUUUGAUUCUGUCCUGCAGGAAAAUGCAGAAUGUAAAUGCUUAAUUUCUAAGUUGGAAGAAGAAAAAAGAACACUUCAGGCUCAAUUUAAUGAAAUGGAGGUGAAAAGGAAGAUUUGCAUUGAAGAGUUCAACUCAUUACUUUGGAGGCAUGAGGAUCUCCAGAAACAAAACCAAGAACUUGAAGCAGAAAGACAGCAACUAAUCAUCGAAAAGGAAAGCUUUAUAAGAUUGGUAGAUAAGAUGAUGGAGGAAAAAGAAGAUUUACUCUCUGUCAUUGGAGCAAAAGAAACAGUUCUGCAGUUAGAGAAGACAAAGGAAGCGGUGCAGGCUGUCAAUACAAAUGCAUUGCAGUUUGAGAAUCUGCAAAUGAAUCAAAGUAUAAAUGAAUUACAGAAAGAGAUAACGUUCUUGAGAAAUGAGCUGGAAAAGGCUAGUUGUGAAAUGCAAUGUACGAAAGCAAAGUAUGCAGUCAUGAGGUCAAAAAAUCUGAUGCUUUUCCAACUUGUCAAGGAAGUGAAGAACAAGAAUUACAAGCUGGAAAAGUCUUUGCAAAAUUCUGUUACUGCAAGCAAGUGCCCAAAGAAAGAUGUCGACGUAAAAAUAGAGGAGUCAACUAUGAAGGAGGGAUCCCUGAAUGAGAUAGAUCAAGAGUAUCAUGGGAAGAACUUGGCUGAAAGUUGCUCAAGUGAUCUGGUCAAGAAGUGUGCAAUGAUGUCAAAGGUUGUGGAGAUACUUACUGAGGAGAAUCAGGUUCUCAACCAGGAUCUUGAGAAAUACAUAAAAGCCAAUUUAAAGCUAGAGUGCAUUGUGAGAAUGCUGAAUGAAGAGUGGCAGCUGUGGGGAAAACAUGCAUGGAGCACAGAGCAAGAAAUGAAUUUCCUGCAUCCGGAAAUGAGGAAAGUGCAUGCAUCUUAUCUAAGCGAUAUUAACAAUGCUAUUCAGUUUUCUCACCAAAGAAAGGAAGAUGAGAUGCCAGAUAAUCAGCUCAAUCUUUCAGACAUAUCCUUAAAUGUAACAGAUCUUUCAAUUAGUGAUGGUUCCGAGAUGGCAUUCUGCAGCAGUCCGAAAGUUCAAAGCAAUAUUGAUGAGACUGGACGAGAAUUUAAGGAACUGCAUGAAGAGCAAAAAUACAGAAACACAAUCCAGCAAGAUGGGACAAUCUCACCACACAGCACAGCGGCCACAGAAUGGAAAACAUGGAACACUGUAGGUGGAUCAGGGGAUGCAUCACAAAUAAUGAAAGAUCCAAACUUACCUUUACUCUGUACCAAGCAGCAUUAUCAUGGAUUCAAUGGGAAAAGCGCUUCCCCCCAUUUAGAAAAGGAAAGUAAUUGGAGGUCCCAGAAUUUGGAGUGUGGUUUCGAUGCGACACUGAAGACUCCAGAUUUUCAAAGCUAAACCAAGAAUAAGGGAGAAGUUCUGAUCAGUCUGUGCACAAAUUCCUGAAGAACAGAAACGUAUGUUGACUAUGGGCCAACUGAACACAAUAAUGGCAUCUUGUGCAAUAUUCUUUUUUUUUAAAUACUGCAUGUAGCCCUGUACUUUAUUUGUUGCAGAAAUAAAUCCCAGAAGUCUCAUUUAUUGAAUGUUGAAUGUGCAAGCAGAAGCAAGGUGUACUUGUCGAAAAACAUAUUUUGAAAAUUUAACAUUCAGCACUAUUACAAUAAACAUU